UUUAUUUCCCCGGUAAAAAGGCAGUUUUAACUCACGAGGCUGGUAUGCCCGUAGCUGAAGCGGUAGAAAAUAAUUUAUAAGCGCCGAGAAGCCCAAUCCAGUGGUGCUUCAGCCGGGGAAAUUUUCAUCUUCUGCGAAGCCUGUUAUUAGGUAAACACACUGAUAACAUAUCAGCUAGGGUUUCAUUACUUCGACGUGCUUUUAAAAGGCUAUAGAAAUUCCAGAAGUUUCGACAGGCUUCUAGAUUAGUUUUUGGCAGUGGCUCUAAAGAUCGUAGACAAGUUUUGUGGAUGCGUCAUAGCGGAGCUCUGCUAAUGGCUCGUAGAAAGAUCUUAGAUUGUUACAGUCUGGAUUCCAACAAAGUUCAUAAAAUGCAUGAAUAUCAUCCCUUAAGCUGAAAAGACUCUCCUUACAAAGAAGGGAGAGUGGUGAGGCAGUGGACAAGAGUUGUGCCACUUGGUUGAGAGGUUGAGGAGGUCCAUUAGCCAGGGCAUGUGAUAGCUGUUAGAGAAGAUAUGAAGCAGAUGAAAGCCAUCCUUUUUUUUCAGUGAUGUUUCCAGUAUAGGGUUUCUUAUGACAGUUUUUGACUUCUACCAGCUUUCAUCAUGUGCAAAUGAACUUGUAGGUUGCAUUGCUUGUCAAACGAAUCCCUCCAGUUAUUGAUUCUGGAGGACUUGUUAUUGUUAGUUUUGUAAGAAUGGCACCUAGCAUCAAAUUCUGGGAUGAUUGGGUUGAUCCAGAAGACAUGACAGCAAUGUGGUCAAUACCUGAGGUACAUAAUGAAUGGAUUGGUGCUGGGGAGAUACAGGGGCAGAAGGUUCAUCUGUCUCGUAAUCCAGAUGGGCAACCUUGUAUAACACAGACUGAAACGAAGGCUAUGGCAGAUAUUAUCAUUCAGAGGCAUUUUACACGACGAUUAGAUCCUAUGAUGAUAUGUGCCAUCGCAGAAAUUGAAAGUGAAAGGCAACCUUUUGCAUAUCGUUAUGAGCCUCAACUGGGAGAGGCUAGUACUGGAAUUAUGCAGACAUUACAAUCCACAGCAGAAUGGUUGGCAAGGGACAUGGGAUAUACGGUCUACCAAGUAGAGGGUGCACCUACCAUGCUUUAUAGACCUUUUGUCAGUGUUUAUUUUGGAGCAGCCUAUUUGAAAUGGCUAUCGACUUAUGAUGGCAAGAAGAGAAGUGAGGAAUUCAUGGUUCGUGCCUAUAAUGGUGGUCCAAAGAGAGCAAAUCACAAGUCAACCUUGCAAUAUUGGAAGCGAUAUCAACUGGUUAAACAAAGUCUUCCAAUGGAAAUUGAUAUGCAAAUUUUGGAGAUGAAUUCCGCAGCUGAUGCAUCUGGUUCUUUGGCACGUGCCUCAUUUGUUUCAGUUGCUAGUGAGUGGACUUAUUGGGAUGAUAAAGUGUCACCAGAAGACAUGGUAGAGAUGUGGAGACAUCCCGAUGUUCGAAAUGAGUGGAUUAGGCAUGGAGAAAAAGAGGGAAUGGUGCGGUUUUCUCGAGACUCAGAUAAGAGGCCUUAUUUGACAACAACAGAACUUAAGGCAAUUGCAGAAAUCACCGUUUCAAGACAUUUUGCUGCGAGUGGAAUAAAGCCUGCACUUCUAGCUGCUCUUUCUGAAAUCAGCAGUAUGCGGCUACUCUAUGGAUCAGAUCCUCCAAAUGGAAUUAUGCAAAUACCUUUCCGAACAGCUGUUUGGAUUUAUAAGGAUUUGGGUUACAAGGCUUAUAAAAUUCGGUCUAUUGAAGAUUUGUCAAAUCCAUUUUUAUCCAUGUAUUUUGGUGCAGCUUAUGUGUGUUGGCUAUCGACUUAUGAAGGCAGAGAACGAUCUCAUCAAUUCAUCAUUCAAGCUUAUUUGGGUGGACCUCAAGGUGUCAAUGUGCAAGAGACUGGGCCUUUUUGGCUGAAAUAUCUUGAUACGUUGCCUAAAUACGAGUCUAAAAAAAAGGCUUCAAAUGGAAGCUGUACUGCGUCAAGUGGAAGUUGUAACAUUUUGUGAAUGCAUAUGGGAUAACUUAGCUCAAGAUAUGGUUAGCACAAGCAUUGGUUUAUAUACUGGUGAAAAUAGCAGCAUAUGCAUCUUCAAAGAGGCUGAUGUGAAGAUGGACUUAUGUUGAGUCUAUCCUGCUUUCUUUUAACUCUUCGCUUGCCAUGGGGUAGAGAUUCUUCAGGCAAGAGUUAGUUCUGAUUGUUAGAUUCUUCAGGCAGUAGUUAGCUCUGGUUGUUAAAGCUAACUAGAAUUGUUCCAUAAAUAUCUUUACUCUCUUUCCAUCUUCUUUCUUUGUAUGGGAGUGGAUGCUAAAGAUAUUUAAAUUCACAACCAACAUUAUUUUGAGCGAGUAAUGAAUUGACUAUUUCUUGUACUGAUUAUUCAAUUAGUCCACUUGUGCUUUAUUGUACCUGGUAGUCUGCUAUGUAAUAGAACAUUAUAAGCAAUGUGGAAGAUAUCUAUACUUAUAAUUCAUGUCAAAUUGACUCAUUUCUUCUGUA